AUAAUGAACUGUCUAGUAUUGUUAGAAUGCAUACUGUAUAUACAAAUCAGUUAAAUAACUUCAAAUAAAUUGUACAUUUGUGAAAUAAGGAUAAAAAUAUGAAAGUGCAAAUAAUGACAUAAACCGAUAUUUUAUUUUUAAUAUUUGUUUGUAAAACUUUAUUUAGAAAAUAUACCAUUAAGACACAGUGAUUUUAUUCAAUGCUGUUUUUGUGAUAUAUGUAAUAUAUAUCUCGGGAUCAUAAGAGCUAUGAUACCAAAACCGUUACAACUCUUGGUGUUGGUUGUUACUGUUACAGAAACAGUCGUGUUAGUGAGUGGCAUCCAGUGCUACAAUUGUGACUCAAAGUCACAUCGUAACGUUUGUGGCGCGGACUUCAAGUUGACGUCUUCAAACACGACCUUCAUUGUUGACGAUUGUCACUUCUGUAACAAAUACCAUUUUUCAAACGAUGGAGUGUAUAUCCGCAACUGUACCAAGAAAACGCCUGGCACUAUCCAGUUCAAGUUUGGCUGCGAGGAAGCCAAAGUCAAUAGAACAACGGUAGAGACCUGCUCCUGUUCUGACAAUUUGUGCAAUGGCGCAAUACCAAGACUUGCAGCAUUACCUUCUGUCAUAAUUGUUUGCCUGUCUGUAUUUUAUAGUCUUGAACCUAAUUUCAAAUUACGAAUAUAACUAAUACGAAAAUCAAAAUUACAUUUUAAACAGAUGGAUUUGCGGAGAUAUUACUUUCUGGAACGGAUUAGAUACUAACCCCAGAUAAUAACCAUUAAGACGAUACCAGUGAACAAGGAAAUGACAUAAAUUGAAUCGAUGUAACUCUAAACACAACAAACGAUCCAUAUAUAUCGUCAUAUGUACACGUAUCAAACAGAUUCUUUUAAUUUUAUUUUUGUACUUGUAACAUGUGUAAAUGUCGAGUUCUAUUCAAACCGUGGCUAGAGGGCGUGCGCAACAGCAUGCAUUUCUAAUAUAGUCAAUGGACAGACUCAAUCAAACAGAAACUGCAACAUUUUCAUCUUACUAAACUGUAUUCAAACCUUAAAAACUGCGUAUCCUAUUCCCUUUUAUCUAUGGUUUUAAAUAUGAUAAUAUUACGGCUGACUACGGGGGCUUUUCAAGUUGCAUAAAACCCGUAACUGCAAUCACCGAGUCUAAAACCCGUCAGUGCACUAUUUUGAGAUUGCGAAAAAUCCCGUAAGAGGAGACCUAUUUCGCACUUCGCAUGGUUGUACUGAAACAACGCGAUUGACUACAGAGGCGAUGACAGAUGCGAUUCAUUAGGGGAAAAAACAUUUUCGAGCCAAACAGCAGUUACGGGGUUUUCGAUCAACGCCGUCGAAAUAUACCAGCUUCCUCAGCAAACAAAAUUCUGGUCAUUUUUCUUUUUUAAUGAAAAACAUACAAUGUGCAGGUUGGUUUUUGUUAGCAUUUUUCAAUCAAUAUAAGUCAAACAGGCACUCUGUUGCCUUUGUGGACAAAAAACAUCUUUGAGUUUGUUCCACGAUACAUCAUAAUUACAUAAAACUUUCUUGUUUUUUUUUUUUUCAAAACGUCUAUGUACUCUGUCUCUAUUGUGUUUGUGUCAACGUUCGGUGAUAAAAUAAUUCUAUCUAUUGAAAUAUAUUUUCAUAAAGCAUCAA